UGGGCAUUUCGGUCAAGACCGAUCUCUGAUAAAAUGCAACAUUCACCUGCGCCCGUCCUCUUUUCCUUCUUCUUUCCUGUCACCCUCUACCGGUACAUCCUCAUAUCUUGACACAGUGAGCGACUUCGGGAGUUUUGCGCUCGCUAAUCAUCAUAAAGCUCCAAUUCAGCCUCUUCUGAAAGCAUCGUGUAAAAUCGAUUCUAUCACAUUUCCUCCUGCGAACCGACGUCAUCAUGAGCAACACCAAAGACAUCGACACCGCGGUGCGAGCCACCAGCAUUGAUUUCGGUCGAGGUGACUAUGGCGCCACUGGCUCUGGUUCCAGCUCCCAGUCUCCCGUCAAGCAUGGCCAUCCCGAAAUCGUCGAACCUAGCCCUGAACGUCCCUUCAACGAGCUGGCCGAGAAGCGGACAUGGCGUGAAAAGAUUGCAUAUUUCAGGACCAGAGACUUCUGGUUCAUCCUCAUCCUGGGUCAGAUACUGGCUAUCUGCAUCACUGGCACAAACACCUUGACCACCCUUUUGGCCAUGGAGGGGACCAGCAUUCCCGCCUUUCAGACACUGUUCAACUACGUAUUGCUUAAUCUGAUCUACACCAGCUACACUCUAUACAAAUAUGGCUUCAAGAAAUGGUUGCAUCUGUGCGUUCAUGAUGGUUGGAAAUACAUUAUCCUUGCCUUCAUGGAUGUCGAGGGGAACUACUUCACCGUCCUAGCAUAUAGAUACACGACUAUUCUAUCCGCGCAGCUCAUCAACUUCUGGGCCAUCGUCAUUGUCGUGGUCAUUUCUUUCUUGUUCCUCAAGGUCCGCUACCACUGGGCCCAGAUCCUCGGCAUCUUCGUCUGCAUCGGUGGCAUGGGUCUGCUUCUGGCCUCGGAUCACAUUACCGGCUCCAACGGCGGAGAUGUAUCUUCUGGCAACCAGUUGAAGGGCGAUUUGUUUGCUCUUCUGGGCGCCACGUUCUACGGUUUUUGCAACGUCUACGAGGAAUGGUUCGUCUCGGGUCGUCCCCUCUAUGAAGUUAUCGGUCAACUUGGAUUCUGGGCUACCAUCAUCAAUGGUGUCCAGGCCGGCAUCUUCGACCGCCACGCAUUCCGUACUGCAACCUGGAAUGGCGACGUCGCCGGAUAUCUUGUCGGUUACACGCUCAUUCUCACUACUUUCUACACGUUGGUCCCGAUCCUGUAUCGUUUCGCCAGCGCCGCUUUCCAGAAUAUUUCGCUCUUGACGGGCAAUUUCUGGGGAGUCAUCAUUGGAAUCCAGGUGUUCCAUCUGCAUGUACACUGGAUGUACCCUAUUGCCUUCACGCUUAUCAUGGUCGGUCAUUUUGUCUACUACUUUGGCAAAGGUGUCAUGGGUGAAGCCAAGAAAGCAUGGCUGGGUGACGACCAAGAGAGGGGCAUUGAUGGAUUCGGCUCUGCAAAGCGCAAGAUGAGGAAGAUGCAAGAAGGCGCAGCUGGGGUCAGAAGAGGUGACGAAGGCACCGAGAGUAUGGGAGUGGUGUGAAAUCUAUAAGUUCAGUCGGCCAGCCACUGAAACUUCGAUCCUAGGGCGGUCGACACUGAAACCUCUUAUGCACACUUUGGCCAGCCGCUGAAAUUACGAUCUUGGAGCGCUAACGCCCAACAUCUCUAUCCACUGCUUCGCAAAUCGCUCUUUUACUGAGAUUCUGCAUCGACACGGCUCUGUUCAGGCGUUUCAGCCAGGCAGAUACAUAACUUACGGCCACUUAAUGAUUGAGAACUCAUGUCCAUUUCACGGAGUUCAAUCAAGGAUAAUUUAUUACGACCCUCUACUUUCGAUGCAUUGCUAACCUUUUCCUUAUUCUGUCCUUAUGAUGAGUCAGUACCACCUUGAUCAUUUUGUUGUUCGGCAGCAACCACCCCCGAAAAGGUCUCAUGGAGUUACGCCUACCUUACUGGGUAAGUAUCACUUCAAAAGAUACCCACCCUCCACAUUCACCAGCGUGCCCGUCUGAAACGCAUUUUUCAUCAAGCCCAAAUACGCCUCGGCCAGGUCCUCGACACUCGCGACCUUGCCCACCAGACCAUGCUGCGCGUACAUUUCGCGCAUCUUGUCCUUUGCUGCCUCCUUCUCGUCCUCCCCAGCAUCGGCAGCGACCGGCACACUUCUGAACAACAAGUCCGUCUCGACAGCACCGGGCGACACCAGAUUGACGCGGACAGGCGCCAUAUCCAAGGCCAGCCCGCGCGUGAGGCCCUCCUUUGCCGCGCCGAUGCCGAUCACGGGUGCCAACCCCUUCCGCGGCUUAUUGACCAGCGCGCCCGACGUCAUGGUGAACGAACUUCCGGCGGCCGGCGCCAUGUAACGGAUUGCGACUUUGGCCAGCAUCGUCACGCCGACGAGUCUGUCGCGCGCGAGCAGAGACAGCAAGCUUGGCGUCACCGUGUCCAUGUUCACUUGGCCCAUCAGGCCGACGUCGCCGGCCGUUUCGACGACGUGGUCGAGUUUGAACCUUUUGUGGUCUGUGGCGAAGUCGAACAAGUU